GUCGCUCGUGGUUGAUUAUUGGUUCCACUAUUAAAAAUUUUCUAUAGCAAAACCCGAUAAGUUUCGGUGACGCGACCGUCUGCUGCAAAGAAAUUGAAGAUUAACUGUAAAAUAUUGCGAGGAAAUAGUUAAUUUAAAUCAUUUAUAUAGUUUAGGAUACAUUUGAUAAAUGAGAAAAACAAAAAAAGUUUUCAUUGUUCGAUUAAACGGAAGCUGUUUGGACUCAGUUUCAAACAAAUCUUCAUUAAUAGACAAGAUACUAAAAUAGCUUAGAGUCAUGGUAGACCUUCGAAAAAAAAUCAGCCGAAUGGCGCUGGUAGUAACGUGCUAUUACUUUAUACACAUUUCUUAUAAAUACGCAUAUGCUACUAGCGUUAGUGGUACCUCGCGAACUGUAGCAGGAAAUGGAAACGUAAACCAUCGUUUGCCUCGUACAAGUGCCAGCUAUUUUGGUAGUGGAGCUAGUGCAAACACAAAUUUUAAAACAGUUACAAAAUCAAAAAAUGUAACGAGAUACGGAAACAUACAUAUCAGAGAACAACAAUUGCUGAACAUAUUUGAAGUUAUUAUAGACACCCUUGAAGGAAAACUAAAACGCAUUGACAGUCUAGAUAAUACAGUUGAUCUUCUUAUGAAAAAUAUGGAAACGCUGCAAAAUCGGGUAGUGAAUAACGUGUUAAAAACUGAUUUUAUUAUAUCUCAACUGAAAAAUAUAGAAAAAACUAUUUCUAAUGAAAUGCUUCAAGGUCAAUCAUCAAACUUGAAUGUUGCUUACGAAACCACAAAAAUUACACAAAAUUCUUCAACGCUCCUAAAGGAACAAAUCGUUAAUUUGGAUCGAAAAGUAUCUGAUAUUGAUAAUAAGCUGGAAUGUAUGAAAGUCCAAUUAGAUAAUAACUUGUUGCACGUUGAAGACUUUAAUGCCGAAGCUAGUGAGAAAAAACCCGUUACAAUAAAUGUAAAUGAUGUCACAAAGGCAUUGAGCUAUGUAGCUAUGACACAAGUAACAUCCGAAUUGAGUGAGCUUCGCGAUUCAACUGACAACAUUGAUAAAAAGUUACAGUUUUAUAUAAAUAUCGCUUCUGAAAAUAUCGGAAAAAUGACAAGCAUGAUGCAUGAGAUUCAUUGUGCUGUAGUUCAUCAUAACAAUCAAUUUAAAUUUUUGAAUGUGACAACACAUUCAAAAUCAAAUAAUAUUAAUAAGCUCGUUAAAGAAAUAAGGCCAAUGGGUGUAGUAUCUGAACAAAACGAUAAUGUUUGGGACGUUGGAGUAGACACAAAAUCAACUGAUGGUCAUCUUCUCUCCAAGUCCACUGCCCCAUUGAGUCAGACACAACGUCAAGAACGUGCAAUAGAUGAAAUCCACCAUGACAAAAAACCCAAAUCGUACUUGAAUAUUAAUAACUUCGAUAUGGUUAAAAAACAAUUUGAAAAACAGGAAAAUUUUAAGCCCCCUGAAGAGAUAUCAGAGACAAGAAUCAAAGAAGCCUUGGAAUAUGAAUCAAAAAACUACACUGACACGGAUGAAAAUUCAAGAACGGAGAUCUUACUUUUAUCCCUCUCUAAUAUUCAACCAACCAUAGUUAAUAAAACUAUAACUACACCGUUUACUUCCACACCUGGAGAUGGAGAUGUGCUCGGUCCGCUACAUUCGGAGUCGUUAGACUCUAACCGAACUCACUACAACGGACCAGCAGUCAAUGGAUUGAAAUCUGCAAAUCGCAAAGACCGAAUUAUCUUUCCAAGCAUAAAAAAAAAACCAGCAUUUCUAAACACAACGAUUUCCAAUGAUUUUUGGGCGCUCAAGGAUGUAAAAGGAUUUUCCUGUGUAGACAUUUUAAAUGCUGGAAUGAAACAAUCAGGAGUAUUUUAUUUACAAAUUCGUGGUACGACGUAUUGGUUUUUAAAGGUAUACUGCGAUCAAGAAACGACGGAUGGAGGUUGGACGGUUAUUCAAAGGCGCGACGAUUUUAAGGACUCCCGUGAAAACUUCAACAGAGAUUGGGCGGAUUACAAAAAUGGAUUCGGUGAACCCAGCAAAGACUUUUGGCUCGGUAAUGAAAACAUAUAUAUGUUGACAAAUAACGAGGAAUAUUCAUUACGUGUAGAACUAGAAGACUUCGAAGGCAACAAACGAUAUGCUCAGUACUCACAUUUCAAAAUUCAUUCAGAAGCAGAUUAUUAUAAACUGGAAAUAGACGGAUAUGAGGGUAAUGCUGGAGAUUCGUUAAAUGACCCGUGGUACGGCUCAAAUAAUAGCCCAUUUUCAACAUACAAUAAAGAUAACGAUAGAAGUUCUCUCAAUUGCGCAAGCAUGUUAAAGGGUGGCUGGUGGUGGAAGUCCUGUGGACGGGGUCUAAAUGGUCUUUAUCUUCAUGAUCCCCAAGAUAUAACUGCGCGGCAAGGAAUAGUAUGGUUUCGCUGGAGAGGCUGGGACUACACAUUAAAAAAGUCCAAAAUGAUGAUUCGGCCUAGGAUACCACCACAACAGACGAUAUCUGGAACGUCUUUAUAGAGAUCUUACGAACUAAACCAACUUUUGUUUUUCGAACUUUUAAGUUUUAAUUAUGAUUUAGAUUAGUUUUUAAAUAAAAUAAUUAAAUUUUUCUUUAUUUUUAUGAUUAAUAUGAACAAUCAUACGAACUCAAAUGUUACAAAUAAAUAGCUUCGAAUG